UUAAAAGUGUUGCGCUAUAAAAUAAUAUGCGAUUUAAAUUGAGUAUAUAAAUAGAUAACAGAGAAAAUGUAUUUAAUAGAGAGCUAAUAUUCAAAUAAAGGUAUUUUCUAUUUUCUAUUUACUAUAAUGAAAGGUGCAGUGAUACUCUUUGCAGUCGUUGCCGCUGCUUUGGCAAAAGAUCUACAGUUUAAACCCAUUGCUGGCGGUCUCUCCGGAACUGGUACCACAACCCGUUACUGGGAUUGCUGCAAACCAUCAUGCUCUUGGAAGGAAAACAUCAAGACCCCCGAUAUGAUUCCAGUUUCAAGUUGUACAUUAGAUGGUAGCACUGUUGUGAAUGCUUCAAUUCAAUCCGGAUGUAACGGUGGUACUGCCUACAUGUGCACUAACCAACAACCUUGGCAAGUCGAUGAGAAUGUUGGUUACGGUUUCGCCGCGGCCUCGUUCACUGGAGGUGUUGACACCAACUUGUGCUGUGCUUGCUUCAAAUUGGACUUCACCGAUCAACUUGUUGGAAAAAGUUUGAUUUUGCAAGUUACCAACACCGGUGGCGAUUUGGGUCAAAACCAAUUCGACAUUGCCCUUCCCGGUGGCGGUGUAGGCAUCUUCACCCAAGGUUGCCACGACCAAUGGAGCGCCCCUUGGAGCGGUUGGGGUGAUCAAUAUGGUGGAGUCGGUUCCAGAGAGCAAUGUUUAUCCGAUUUACCCAAACUCCUUCAAGCGGGAUGUCUCUUCAGAUUCGAUUUCAUGAACAACGCCAACAACCCUCAUGUCCAAUUCACCCAAGUCGAAUGCCCCGCUGAAAUCGUUAAAAUCAGCGGAUGCAAUUUGAGUCCUUAA